AUAUAUAUUGAAAUUAUAACUGAAGAAAAUGGCAAGUGUUUUAAGUGCAUUUAUUUUGGUGUCGUGCCUGGGCACGAUUUUGGCUGCGGAUGAGAGUUUUGGCUUGCCAACUAUUGAGUUUAAGCCCAUCACAAAAUUAGCUGACGAUAUACCGACCUGCCAUCAGUCGGACAAUAAUAUCAACGAGUGCAUCAAACAGGGCUUUCAGCAGCUGACGCCACGCCUCAAGAACGGCAUCAGCGACCUCAACAUACCGCCCAUGGAUCCCUUUGAGCUGGGCAAGAGCUCCUACAAUUACAAUUCGGGCAUGCUCCAGGGCCGCAUUGCCAUGAGAAAUGUGGCGGUUCAUGGCCUCAGCGAGGGCAUCGUCGACAAGGUGGACUACCGCCAGAAGAACAAUCGUGUGCGCAUGGAGAUGAUCAGCCAUGUGCCACAAAUGCUGGCAGAGGGCGCCUACAAGGCGGACAUCAAACUGAACGACAUGAAGAUAACUCCGAAAGGCACCUUCAAUGUAACGCUGAGCGACGUCAGCAUGAAAACGCGCGCCAUGGGCGAACUAUACGAGCGCGACGGUCACACCUAUCUGCGUCUGUCGAAGCUCGAGUCUGAGCCCAAAGUGGGCGACAUGCGCAUCUAUGCCAAUGGCCUGGUGCCCGACCCAGCCCUAAACGAUGUCAUCUUGGACUUUAUCAAUCAAUAUUGGCGCCAGCUCUAUCAAGCCAUGCUGCCCGAAACAAUGGCCAUCUGGGAGCCCCAGAUGCUCAAGCUGGCCAAUGAGUUCUUUGCUGCUCUGCCCUUCGACUUGAUUCUCAAACAGAAUUAGCUUUGUGGGCGGGGCCGGUCUGCAUGUGGUAGUCUCUACACGAUCGUAUUACUAUAUGGUUAUGUGCUUUAUUCAUGGUGUUAAUUUAGUUUGUAUGCAAAUAAAAUGAAAUUUCAAUU